AUGGCUGUUCUCCUGAACGAUUUGCUCAAGUCCACGCUAGUGCUUGUCACCCUCGUUCCUGUGAUUGGUUGGCGGCUCUCCGUAGCCUUUCGCCGCAAGUCUGAUCCAGUCCCUUCCUGCCAAGCAUACAGGAAAUGGAAGAGCGAGCUGGGCUUGACCUAUCGCAUCAAAGCUGCGUUUGGGGCAGGCAACAUUCUCGUGUUGAGCGAUCCGGUUUCAAUUGCCUAUAUCCUACAGAAGAAGAUAUAUGACUAUCAUCACAGCAGGGUUGUGCACCCCCGUGUGGCUCGCCUUCUAGGAAAGGGCCUUGGCUGGGUGGAGGGCGAGGCUGAGCACAAGCGGAUGCGCCGGCUAGUCAGCCUGUCUUUGUCGCCCAUGUCGAGCCACGUGAGAGUUGCCGCACUGGAGGUCGUAGACCAAUUCAUUAGCCAUGUGCAGUCCGGAGCGGAGAAGCCUGUCAACAUCCUCGACUGGACGUCCAAGGCAACACUCAACGUUAUAGGACGCGUUGUAAGCAUCGGCGUGAGCCUUGCAGUCAACGUCUUUACUCAGCAAUCCUUCAGGCGUUUCUACAUGACUUCCAAGCCGGGAAUAGUCCUGAAGCCAAGCAGAUCUUAG